AUGGCCAACCAACAACCCACCACCAUCGCCGCCAACGAAGAAAAGCUACAACAGCUUAUCUUCAAAGCGCGUCAUGAACUGCACAGAGCCAAACAGCCGCAGGCACCCGAGCCCGUAUACUACCAGCCCCCGCGAUGGACCGACGUCAAGAUGCCCACGGUUCCGCCCCACCCCACCCGUUUAACGGUGGUCAAUGAUGCUAAGCGGGCAGUUUCCGGUGAGAAGGCCCCGUCACGUCUGCUUCCGGGCCAGUGGAUGGACCCCAACGUGAAGCAGGCGUUGCUGAAAGUGCCCCCCGAUUACGAAGGGCGCCUGAUCGCCUGGAGCGUGGUGGCAGCAGCAGUGCUUUUAUUCGUUCAAAAUUGUGUCCUGCGAGAGACGUUGCCAUUACCUGAUUACCUGAAUGAUGUGAUUAUCGCCAUAUACUGCUUGUUGGCGCUUAACGUGGUGCGGAGGGGUCUCCGGCUCUACCAUGGCUGGAACCUGGUAAACACCAUUCCUUUGACUAAUGAGCAGCGAGAACUCAUCGGGUUACCCCCGUUGGGUGGCGCCCCGACCACGCCGCAAUACGAAAAGGACGAUAUCAAGCCUCGUCAGGUACGAGUACACGUGGCCCCCUCCAUCGAGUAA